CAGUGCAGAAGGAACGCUUGUUAAGGAAGACGUGACUCUCGCUCUCCGUUCACCAGUGUUUACAUAGACCACAAGACAAUAGAAGAUUUUAUCUCCCUCUUCUAAAAACAAUCAUGGAAACUGGUACUGAGAUUGCCGGUCGUAAGGAUUCAACAGUGUACUUGUAAACAGUAAACAUAACAGCAUUACUAAAGAAGCAAGUAAUUCCUCCCCGGAGAGCCUACGCAAGUACGGCCACCCAGACUCCUCUUCAGGUGUAACAUUGUCAACUCUGACGUAGGAAUCACUGAGAUGACGAUGAUAAUCGCCAUAUUACUAGUUGCAUCGCUCAGUGCAGCGGUCGAGGGGACAGCGAGAGGCCGCACCCCGCCACCUCGCCGCGCCUGCCACUCCGGGGUCAGGCGCCGCAGUCACCCCUGCUGCGCGCGAGAUGCCACCGCCGGCGCUUUUUAGAGCAGGGUCCGCCUCCUCAGCCUCAGGAGGGAAAAGUGCAGGGACGACUCCAGGCUCUACGACUUCAGAAACAAACGGUGGACUUGCUCUAUCUCCCGCAAGCACACCAGAAACAACUCCGAGAGAUAGCACUACAAGCACAAGUACCUCCACAAGCACACCAGAAACACCUCCAGGAACAAGCAUUGAUAGCACAAGUGCAUACACAAGCACACCAAAAAUAACUCCAGGAUUAAGCACUCCAAGCACAAGGACACCAGAAAUAACUCCAGGAACAAGCAUUGAUAACACAAGUGGGUACACAAGCACACCAGAAGUUGGCACUCUAAACACAAGCACAUCCACAAGCACGUCAGAAAAAAAUCCAGGAGAUAGCACUCCAAUCACAAGCACAUUUAUAAUAACUCCAGGAGUAAGCACUCCAAGCACAAACACACCAGAAAUAACUCCAGGAACAAGCAUUGAAAGCACAAGUGCAUACACAAGCACACCAGGAAUUAACACUCCAAGCACAAGCACAUCCACAGGGACACCAGUAGUAACUCCAAGAGUUAGCACUGCAAGCACAAGCACACCAGGAAUAAGCAUUGAGAGCACAAGUGCAUACACAAACACACUAGGAGUUAGGACUACAAGCACACCAGAAACAACUGCAGGGGUUAACACAAGCCCAGAAACCAGCACACCGGAACCGGCUUCACCUGCCUCAGGAAGCACCGCAAGCAUCACAAAAACAACUACAGGGGUUGAUAAGAGCACCAGCACAGAUGCAAGCACAGACACAAGCCCAGAAACCAGCACACCGGAACCGAUUUCAACCGCCUCAGGAAGCACCACAAGCACCACAAAAACAACUACAGGGGUUGAUUGGAGCACCAGCACAGAUACAAGCACAAACACGAGCACAGACACAAGCACAGAAACCAGCACAGACACAAGCACAGCAACCAGCACACCGAAACCGACUUCAACCGCCUCAGUAAGCACCGCACCGUGGAGCACCAGCACAGACACAAGCACAGAAACCAGCACACACACAAGCACACCGGAACCUUCUCCAUCCUAUCCAGGAAGCAGCCCAACUCCUCCAGUCCCCGACUCACUAACGACCACACGAACUCCCGCCAAGUGUUACGUUGAUCCGUACUACACGUCGAUCGAGGCGGAAAUAAUAAUACCACGCACUCUGGCGUUAGCUUGGAGUAAUGCAGCGCCGUCGCCUGUCGAGGUGUGCGUGCAGGACGACUGUCAAACAUCUCACGAUUCGUCCGUGCAAUUCGGCCGGGUCAUGCCGGGCGAGGGGCUUCUCGUCACAGUCACGGGGGUCGAUUUCUACGACUGCGUGGAACUCUUUGUCCCGUGGCAAUUCAGGAUCGGAGCUGCAGCGGAAAAUCUCACUCUGGACUGGAUUAACGUCACGCCCCUUGACUUGAGCGUGUGCGUGGCCAGAGACUCCGGAGAUUUCCCCACCAACUCGUCCUAUAGCACCUGUAUCGUAGCGACAGGCUCUGGAGCCUACAUAUCGGGCCUCGAACCAGACACUCCCUAUUGGGUCAAAUUAGGCGAGGCAACAGUCUUUCACACCGCCACACAUCCCAUUGCCAAGUACAGAAGCCUGGCGUUCCGCUGUCACGAGGCGGGCGCGUGCAGCAUCGGCGAGUGUCGCCCCGCCACGGACGGCCUCCUGCUGGAUAUCAACUACGACUCCGCGGUCCCCGAGUCGUACCCCUUCGUCUGCGUCGAUAAGGGCAACGCGCAGUUUGAACCGGUCACCAUCAAGGCGACCUCGGGUGUCUUGGCCGUGACCAGCGUCGUCUUCGAGAGCGGCGGCUUGGAGGAGGACAUCGAGGAAUGCAUUCACACGACCGCCAUGGCCGUCGUCAAGUACUGGUGCGACGGCAUGGCGGAGUGCAUAGUGGACCACAGCCUCCUCCACAGCUACCUGGCGAGAGCGGAGGGCUGCGUCGACACCCGGCUUUCCGAGUACAGCCUGCACGUGGAGUACGAGGAAGAUCCCUCCUCAAACCUCACUUGCCGCGAGGGCGCUAGUCUCUUCGCUCCGCACAGGACCUGCUACGACAUGGAAACUUCGAGCGACUUCCUUGCGCGGAGGAAGAGCUGCAUGGAGGCUGGGGGGGAGAUUGCCUUCCACGAAUCCGACCCGAAGUUUUUGGAGUUUCUCAACGAAACUUUUAGCCUGUCGGAAGAGGGCUUCCUCGUGCAAGGGUUGAUCGGCAGCGACGCGCGACCUCGACAACCACAACUUCACGCCGAAGAAAUAGAUAUACUUCACAUCAUCUUCGACACACAUUACGUUCUGUCAGACCACAGCUCUGCGUCUGAACUGGCUAUCCUCUGCGCUUACCCGCCACUCGUGGGAGUCCCCGACCGCCUCGAGACAGCGACCAUCGUCAACAACCCCUGCCUGAGCGACCCCUGCCUCAACGGGGGGACCUGUCUCAACACAACGCAGGACCUGAACGCGGAGUCAACGACCGACGACGACUUCAUGUGCAAUUGCAGAGAGGGAUACAGCGGCGACCUCUGCGAAUAUACUUAUGCGACCACCAGUUUGCCAUCCGCCACAUCGGACAUCGCACAUCUAGUGGUAGCGGCCAAAGCGGAUGAGCGGGGGAGUCCAGGUCACGGCACUCGCACACGAACCGCAGAGGAGGAGAAGAGUUCGAUGGCGGUUUCUACUCCUUCAGCAACAGCCUCCCUCUGCCGCAGGUGCAACGGCCAGAACCAGUGCAAGGUGUCAUAUAAGGACCUGCACCACCACCUCCAUUCGUCGUGCCACCCGGCCGUGCCACCCACGUUGAUAACCCGCCUCGCGACUUACGAGUAUUCGGACGGCUGGGGCUGUGCGGGCGAGGGCGACAAGGCGCGUGGCUGCCUCGGAACCUCGCCCGACCUGUUCAACGACGCCCAGGAAGCCAAACUGUACUGCAACGGAAUGGGCGGCGACCUUGCCUCCGUGGAAAACCCCACGCCCUCCCUCUGCUUGAACAAUGCCUCGUCUCUGUGGGUGGACAACGCUACCGACUUCCGCUCACACGCACACUACUCCCUCACGCCCAGCAACCCCACAAGCAUCUCCUGUGACGGUCACACUCGCAAGAGCAGCUCAGCGUUGUGCGUCUUCCCCUUCGUGUUUUCCAACGAAACCUCUACCACGACUGAAGAGACAACGACUGACAUCUCUACGACUACCAGCACUAUGGAUACUACUACAGAAAACACCACGACAGAGAUCACGACUACCAGCACUACGGAUACCACUACUGCAAACACCACAACAGAUAUCACGACUACCAGCACUACGGAUACCACUACUGCAAACACCACAACGCAAGUUAGUACGACUGUGAGCACUACGAGUACCACCACCACCACGACGCCCAAACCGCCAGGGCCGUGUCCAAGGACGAGACCUUUCCCGCUAGCGUACCCAGAUUACAUUUGGAAGGAAGAGCAACCCGGGACGCUCGCCAGCAAGAACUGCCCCAAGACUCAGAACGUCACUGUGUAUUGGCAGUGCAAAAUGAACGGCAAGUGGGACGGGCUGCCCGACCUGAGCGCCUGCUCGACGAUUGAUACCGCCCACUGGGAGAACGAAAUCGCGAACGGCAAUGAGACUGCAGGAGAUUCACUCAAUAAUUUCGUAAACAUGACCGAAUCUCAGGAACUUGAACCAGGUGACGUCACGAGCACAAUGGACAUCUUAGAAUCCGCCAGAGAACGCCACAUCAAGGACAUUCAGAACAUGACUGAGACCGAAGCCCUGAAUGCCACUGAGGUCUACACGAGCGCCGUCACGAAAGCGACUAACAAAGUGUUGAAGCAGCCACAGGUGUGGUUCGGUCUGCCCGAGGAAGCGCGCGCCAACGCAAGCACGGCGCUGCAGGUGGGGAUGGAGGAGGCGGCGGUGGAGUUGGCGUACCUGCUCGUGAACGAGUCGAAAACCUUCGAGACCGAGACAGUCACCAUUAACGCCACGAGACACAGCAAAAUCCACUACGAGAGAGACGAAAAUCGCAUAUUCUACCACAAAGAUAGAGCUCAGACAAUGGUGGAGCUUCCUGAAAAGUUCUUUGAAGCUGUGGACGACGACCUCGUGGCCGUCUCCUUCACGUCCUACAGUACCCUCCACUGCGUCCUUGGCAAGAGCAUCAUCUGCGAGCCCCAGGACCUCUCUGAUGACUCCUUUGAGGUCAGCGACCACUUCCCGCUGCCUGAGAUCGUCAACUCCCCCGUGAUGGGCCUGACCAUUGGCAACGCUUCGUGGAACUUCAGCGACGGCCAAGGCGUCAAGGCGACCUUCUUGGACUACUUCGGCUCAGAGAUCUACAACCUCAGCACAGCCACCUGCGUGUCCUGGGACGUAGCCAAGGAACAAUGGAGUCCCGAGGGCUGCGAGAUGACCCUCCAGACGGGCGCCGCCACCGAGUGCACCUGCAGCCACCUCACCAACCUGGCCGUCAUCGUGGACGUCAACGGGAUCAUCGGGAAGAGCCCCUUCCUGCAGUGGUUCACGGUGGUGGGCUGCUCCGUCUCGCUCGUGUGCCUCGUGCUCGCCAUCGUCACCCUGGCCUUCCUCCUGCACAGGCGGCGGCGCAACAAAACCACCACCAUCAUCCACCUCCAUCUCUGCUGCUGCCUUUUCGUGGCGGAGUUCAUCCUCCUGGUGGGACUCGACCGGACGGAGGACGAGGUAGGCUGCGGAGUCGUCGCCGGGUUCCUCCACUACUUCCUCCUCGCUACCUUCUGCUGGAUGGGGGUUGAGGGUGUCAACGUCUAUUUCCUUGUCGUGAAGGUGUUCCUCACUGCGCGCUCUCCCCUGCGUUACUACACCGUGGUCGGCUACACAGCCCCGGCCCUUGUGGUUGCUAUUUCUGCGGCCGUGGAUUCGGGAGGUUACGGGACAGAGGACUACUGUUGGCUUUCCACUGAGAGCGGCCUCAUAUGGGCAUUCACGGGACCAGCGCUUGUUAUACUCCUGGUGAACUUCGUCAUGUUCGGCUUCGGAGUGCGCGCCUACCUCACCAUGAACACCGCCGGCCACAGAGGAGGAGGCGGGGGCGGCGGCAGGGGCGGGAAGGCCGAGGGCACGAGCAAGGGCGAGUCCCGACGCCUUCUGAGGGGCUCGGUCAUCCUGUCGUCCGUGCUGGGUCUGACCUGGAUUCUGGGCUACUUCAUGAUGUUCGGAGGCUCGGCGGCGUACGCGAUGGCCGUGCUGUUCACGGUGGUGAACUCGCUCCAGGGCGCCAUCCUGUUCGUGGUGAUGGUCCUGAUGAACCCAGCGGCGCGGACGCAGCUCAAGGUCAUCCUCUGCUGCGGCCGGGAGGAGAAAAUAUCCAACAUCCCGAGCUCCUUCACGAGGUCCAGCCGCGUCGACCCUUCCACAAGCUUCCAGAAGGAGCUGGAGAACGCCCCGCCAAGCAUCCCGCGCCCGGUCCUCAUCAACCCGAGGGGCUCCGGGGAACUCGACAUGUGGGUGGCCCAGGAGCUGCAGGACCGACCUACGAGAAGGCGCUAGCUGGGGAUCAAGGGAGACUCCCUCGGUGCCGCCAACAGGAGGACAGGAACAUGGGUCUCCAGGGCAGCUUCCGCACAGCCUUAUCCUCUCCUGCACAAAGAGCAUCACUGAUUCUCCUGCGUCAUUGCCUCCUGUGUUG